ACGCGCCCCGCCCCCGUCGCGAGGACGGCGGGAGUCGCGCCCUCAGGUCCUACGCCGCCGAACUUAUUCUAACUUCUUCGGCCGAGCGGGGCCGCGCCGCCGCGCCCAGAUCCUGCUUUUCAGAAGAUGCACUAUUAUAGAUACUCUAACGCUGAGGUCAGCUGCUGGUACAAGUACCUCCUAUUCAGCUACAACAUCGUCUUCUGGUUGGCUGGAGUUGUCUUCCUCGGAGUUGGACUGUGGGCAUGGAGUGAAAAGGGUGUGUUGUCCGACCUCACCAAAGUGACGCAGCUGCACGGGAUUGACCCUGUGGUGCUGGUCCUGGUGGUGGGCGUGGUGAUGUUCACCCUGGGCUUUGCUGGCUGUGUGGGGGCCCUCCGUGAGAACAUCUGUCUGCUCAAGUUUUUCUGCGGAGCCAUUGUGUUCAUCUUCUUCCUGGAGCUGGCUGUGGCAGUGCUGGCCUUCCUGUUCCAGGACUGGGUGAGGGACCGCUUCCGGGAGUUCUUUCAAAAUAACAUCAAAUCCUACCGGGACGACAUCGAUCUGCAGAACCUUAUCGACUCCCUCCAGAAAGCUAACCAGUGCUGUGGUGCGUAUGGCCCAGAAGACUGGGACCUCAACGCCUACUUCAACUGCAGUGGCCCCAGCUACAGCCGUGAGAAGUGUGGGGUGCCCUUUUCCUGCUGCGUGCCUGAUCCCGCGCAAAAAGUUGUCAACACACAGUGUGGAUAUGAUAUCAGGACUCAGUUGAAGAGACAGUGGGAUGAGUCCAUCUUCACAAAAGGCUGCAUCCAGGCACUGGAGGACUGGCUUCCCCGGAACGUCUACAUUGUGGCUGGUGUCUUCAUCGCCAUCUCACUGCUACAGAUAUUCGGCAUCUUCCUGGCGAGGACCCUGAUCUCGGACAUCGAGGCCGUGAAGGCCGGCCAUCACUUCUGAGCGGCGGAGGCGCAUGCGGAGCUGAGCCGUGCUGUAGAGGCGGAGCCGUCGCUGUCGCUGGCCUCACGGGCAGAGAGAGCACCAGCGUGACGUGACCUGUUUCUGCAUGCUGGUGCCAAAGACCACAGGCCCUUUUUCCCUGCCUACCCUCGUGACUGCAUCCCCAGUGGAGUCUGCUCAGAUGGAGAGUGUAUCUUUAAGUGGGGGCUGUGGCUGCGAGCCAGGGACUAACCUAGUCCUUCUGGACCCUAAGAGUGUGUGCAGGACACCCAGCCCCCCACCACUGAGGUCCCUAUGUCCACUCUGUGCUGACUUCUGGGUGAGGGGCCACAUCUCCUGUGAGCAGAUGUGGGCGAGGAGGCCUGCAGGAUGCACAAACCUGCUGUCUCAUCAAGCCAGGUGGCACAGAGGCCCUGCCCGAAACUGGGAUGGGGAGGAGGGGACAAGCAGCCCUCCCUGUGUGCCACUGGGGCCUGCAGUAACACCCAUGUGGGCAGGACCCUUGGCCGUGUCUGUGUGAAGUGAGCCUGAGCCAGUGCGUGGACUGUGCCUUGGGAGAGCCUUAUUGCUGCCCUCCAGGCCCCUUGGCAGCCCGGCACAAGAACUGCCUCCGUCUCAGCAGCAUUAGGCACAUGGGGUGUGGGCAUGGGUCUUCACCAACCCCCAGUGCUCCCUUCCUGAAGUGUACAUAGUUUAUUUAUAGGGGUAACAGCAUCCUCACACCGUUGCUUCCUUCCCCGGCAUCCCCUUCCAAGGAGCCUUAUGUGGUGUCCUGGAUGGAAGCCACCCUUGUCCGUUCGCCUGAGUGUCUCAGGAGCAGCCCCAGCAGCCACUCCUUCUGUCCCCAGCGACAGCCAGUGCAAUGCGCGUGGUCCCUCCCCACGCUCCCCAGCUUCUGUUGUGGUCUUUGUGCUACUGACUGUCUGUGGAACUUGAAUCCUGACCCCCCACCCCACUGUAGAGCCAGGGCCCCUCUAAUGGCCACACCCCAGGGCUGGUCAGCCUGGCACACCUUUCCCUGGGGAGGGAGUCUGCAGUCCGGCCCCAUCACCCAGCCCCGAGCCCAGGCUAAAGCUGCUUAGAAGCCCAGGGCAUUUUGUCUGUAAGCCGUGGUGACUGCCCCCCUGGAUAUCUCUUCGCCGUGCCCACCAUUCCUGUCAGGCUACUCUAGGGCUCGUUCUGGAGAGGGUGUCUGUCUCCUGUCCUGAGUAACCCCUGGGGAUAGCUGGGAUGUUUGUCUGUCUGGGGCUGGGCUCUCUCCUGACGCUCCUGCAUAGCUGUACCCCUGCUUCUCCCUCAUUCAGGGAUCGCGUCUACCUUACGUACUUGCCCAAGCCUACAUUCCAGUGCGGUCAUACCGGUGGGUGUUUGUUGAUGGUGUAUUUUUUUGUUUUUUUUAAUACAAUUUUCUCAGUAGACUAAGGGAAGAAAGAUGCUUGUGUUUUUAGGAAGUGUGAUACUUUUCUUUGCCUACCAAACUGUUUUAUGGAAUAUAUCUUUAUAUUAAAGUUGUUUGUGUUUUGUUUGGGGUCACUAUCAA